GCUAAAGUUUGUGUAAAAAGUCCAGCGCGCUCGUUUUCGGAUAGGAAUUCCAGUAUUCGAAACAAGAUCAACUCGUUUGAGCCCUGUUUCAUGUAGUAUAAUGGUUUAAAUAGGUAUCUUAUUCGGCGUGUUAAAUAAUCCAAGUUUUAGCUGUAUAUUUUGUAAAGUGCAACUUUUUUACGAAGAAUAUCCCCAGUGAAGAGACAGACACGGCGAAAUAGUUCUGUGGCAGAAUUGUACAUAGCUUUCGCGGUGUGACUGGCACUAAAACGGAAGAGGUAAAUCGACUUUUUGUGGUUCAGGUUAACGCGUUUCCGGGAGGAAAAAUUGCUCCCUGUACAGUUAGUGAUAGACAUUUUUUCGGCAUUUCCCAUUGUCGACUGGAGUAGUGCCGUGCGUGUUUGUAUUGGAGUGAGUGAUAGUCCGACAAGCGCAACUGGAGAAAAUCUUUUCCCGACCGAUUAAAUAUUUCCUACGGGAACAAAAAGAACGUUUAGUUUUAUGCUGGUGAACGCGAAUAGAUAGUGGUAAAAGUGCGGUUUUCCUACACCGGAUCGCCAGUGAUCGGGCUGCACAUCAAGUGCGUACCUAUCGCGAGUGUUUGUGUUUGUGUAGUGGGCCCGUCUUGCGGUUCUACCUUUGCAUCAGAAAAUAUCUUGGCACGCGACGGCUGCCACGGGCGUGGAAGUGGUUGGUGCAAAAAGUGACCUCUGAAUGCAUCUAUCGUUCCCAAGUCAAGAAAGAGGUAGAUAAUACAGGAGUACUAUUCUGCUGCAUGCAAAAAAGAGAGAGCGAGUGAAUCAUUGUUUUCCUGUGUGUAUGCGUGAUACUGGAGCUUCCGGAAGAGUCCCGGGCUGGCUGAAGAAGUUUCCGUUGUGUGUAAAUGGUCGAGUAGCAGCCUAGUAUCCUUGUGUCCAACAGGAACAGGCAAUAUUCAAUAGUGACACUAGCUAGCGACAGUUUUAAAACGUGCGAGUGUUUGACUGGCUAACCGAUUGGUAGUGUACCGCGCCGUCCCACACCGUAACUUGCGCGAUUAACGGAUAAAGCGACAAAAUCUGCCCGUUUGUUUUCAAACAACCCAGCGACAACAGCCGCCACAACGCAGCAGGAAGUGUCUUAUCUUCUCUUCGCCAGAUUUGAACUGUCUCUGCGGAGCAAAGCAGUCCGCGAACUCACGAACUUCAGGUUAAAGGUGAUCGAAUUAGCAUAUAUAUCGGCCUAUAGCAGCCAGACUGCAACUCACAAAGCACCGGUCAAAACUUUGCGUGGGAUUGGCCUUGAAUCGCCUCUUUUGAAAUACCGAUAUUUGCCACAAAAGCUCUCAAAAUUCAUCUGGAAGUGUUGCACCACCCACUCGAGCCAGAGGCGGCCGCAAUGAAGCUCCUGGGGGGCCAUGACGACGGCGGUGGACGGGGAGCACCGAUCCGAUCCCAGGACGAUGCAGCAGUGGGUUACGUUUUCCAGCGGCAUCCCAAUGAGAACGAAUUCAAUCAGUUCGCCCAGAAGCAGUCUCGUUGGGCUUCCGGAGAUGACGCAAUUAUCGAUAAUCAAGAUAAAUGGAAAUACAAUCCGACUCUGACAAAUAACAGCACCGGCGGGUUGCUUCCUCCUCCGACGAUGCAGUCUGUGAAUAAGCACCAAGCACAUCAACAAAUGCAAGCUCAGCAACAACAGCAGCAGCAACUGCCAAUGAUCAACCAUCCUUCUCAACUGGCGAACCAUCUCAAUCACCAGAACCAUCUCAAUCAGACAAUGCUCAACCACACGGCCAUGGGGAACGCAGCAGCUGCUGCCGCGGCUGCCGGUGGUCUUCCCACGAUGCAAAUGCCAAUGCAGGGCGCUGGAAUGUACGAUCAUUUGCAUCCACCGAAUGUGAACGUGAACGGUGUGGUUCCCAAGCAUCCGCCGGGACAGGAGCAGCUGGUCUUUCUCGGUAGUGGCCAGCAGUACGGCGUCCUAGCGCCCCAGAACCAGUACAUCGCCAGAAACAAUGCAGCGAUUACCACUUCAGCAACGAAAAAACUCUGGGAAAAGGGUAGCAGCAACGAUGUCAAAGUGGCCACUGGUGCGACCGGGCCGCUGCCUCCGCUGCAAUUACACGGAAGUACCGACCAUCAGGUAUGGCGUGAUUCCACUUGGUCUACGCAGGGUGAUGCGAUACUGGCCUCGAGGCGCAUAUUUCCACACGCUCCAGACACGAAUCCAACCGGAUCUACGGGAAUCCUAAGCCCACGCGACUCGACUGGCGGUCUCGGUGUCAAAAUGGUCGAGUAUGUACUUGGUGGGUCACCCACUAACAAGGAAAGUCCGCUUGCUAGCUUAGAACCUCGAUUUAAUCGAAUGAAAUUCGAUGAUAAUGACAAGGCAUCAGACGAUAAAGACAAAGCCAACUCACCGUUCGAAUCGAACGGCUUAAAGAAAGAGGAAGUAAACUCAACCAACGGAGUUGUGAUCGUAAACGGAAUUGAUGACGACAAAGGAUUUAAUUAUGUUUUCACUUCCAGUCGCACUCCCGGUUCACGCCAGCCGUCACCGGCGGAGGAGCAGCUGCCUCGAGGAUCGAAUCUGCUUGACGCCCCAUCACACCAUAGUACCGGGUUUCCACAGCAUCCCUCAUUGCACCAUAUGCUCGGGUCUGCUGCGGCGGCCGCUGUCGCUGCUGCAGCAGCCGGUGCCAGUGGCGGUGCUAACGACGUUGCCCAACAGGCAGCUGCAGCCGCAUUAGGCUCAUAUCAUCCUCAAAUGAUACCCAAUCAGAUGGGUCAAAUGAAUCAGCUUAGUCAGAUGAAUCAAAUGAACCAACUUAACCAGAUGCAAAGCCACGUGAUGAACGGAGUCGGAGGAAUCCCGCAGAUCACGCAGAGUCAAAUGGUUAGCCAACCCGGCCAGGGACCUAACCAAAUUGAAUCACCUGCCAAUCUGCUGCAGCAACCUCACAACUUCGAUGUACAGCAACUUUUCCGAUCAAAUCCUGGUCUCACAGCUGCCAACUCGGCCGUUCCGGGGGCCCCGAACGGACAGCCACUGCCACAGUCAGCACUCUCGCUUUCAGCACAGCAGCAACAGUUUCUAGCGCAGCACAAUGCAGCGUAUGCAGCGCAACAAGCGGCUCCGUACGUCAUCAAUCCGGGUCAGGAUCCGUCACCAUAUAUGGGUGCCCUGAUCACAGCCGGUGUACCGCAGUACUAUGGAGUGCCCGCACCCUGGGGAGUAUAUCCUGCCAACCUGAUACCGCAGCAGCAGUCACAGCCCCGAAGGCCUUUGACGCCUUCACAGCAGGGUGCCGAAAAUCAACCGUACCAGGUGAUAUCGGCUUUCUACGAUCAGAGCGGUUCGCUGGUGAUGGGCCCACGCACAGGGACGCCCAUGCGGCUGGUCAGUCCAGCACCACCGGUGCUAGUUCCGCCGGGUGGACCGCGCGCACCACAGGCACCCCCGACUAUUUACCAGCCGCAGCCCCAGACAGCCCAGCAGAGCAUGUACUCCGCUCAGAACGGAUCCAACAUUGGAGGUCUCGCACUGAGCACAUCGUCACUGACCGCACGGCGAGAUUCGUUCGAUCGUAACACCUCAGCUUUCAGCCCAUCGCUGGAUUACACGUCGGCGUCCACCAAUGCAGUGGUAAGCAAUGCAGCCGCCGCAGCUGCUGCUGCGGCCAGGAAGUGGCCUGUCGGUGCGGGAAGCUAUGGUGGUCUGAGCGCAGUAACGGCUUCGGCCAGCCCGCUAGGAACGUCCAUCACACCUCCGCCGGUGUCUGGACUGGGUGCUCUUGUAACUAGUCGCGCCCCGGGAGCGGAAACCAAGUAUCGGCAGGUUAAUCAACUUGCACCGGGUAUUUCAGCCAAUGCUAUGUUCGGUUCGAGUAACUCGUUAUUCUCCAAAUUGCCCGGAUCCGUAGUACGACCCACUACAGCGGCAGCGGCUGCUGUAGCAGCUGUUGCAUCCGGUGCACCCGGACUUGAUCGACCCCCGGGACGCUCGCGCCUCUUAGAAGAUUUCCGCAACCAACGGUAUCCAAACUUACAGCUGCGAGAUUUGACAAAUCACAUCGUUGAGUUUUCCCAGGACCAGCACGGUUCCAGGUUUAUUCAACAAAAACUCGAACGUGCAACGACUGCCGAAAAGCAGUUGGUGUUUAACGAAAUCCUGGGUGCCGCUUAUAGUUUAAUGACCGAUGUGUUUGGUAACUAUGUCAUUCAGAAAUUCUUCGAGUAUGGAUCUCCUGAGCAGAAGCAAGCCUUGGCGCAACAAGUAAGAGGCCAUGUUCUGCCACUAGCACUGCAAAUGUAUGGCUGUCGCGUGAUUCAGAAAGCGCUAGAGAGUAUUCCAGCUGAGCAGCAACAAGAAAUCGUUCGAGAAUUAGAUGGACACGUGCUGAAAUGCGUUAAGGAUCAAAAUGGAAAUCAUGUUGUUCAAAAAUGUAUCGAAUGCGUUGAACCAACGGCACUGCAGUUCAUCAUAGAUGCUUUCCGCAACCAAGUAUACUCGCUGAGCACACACCCGUACGGGUGUCGAGUAAUUCAGAGGAUACUCGAGCAUUGUACGCCGGAGCAAACCGCUCCAAUUCUUGCGGAGUUGCAUGCCAACACGGAACAAUUGAUUCAGGAUCAGUAUGGCAACUAUGUUAUUCAGCAUGUGUUGGAACAUGGAAAACCGGAAGACAAAUCGGUACUAAUUGCAGCUGUACGGGGAAAAGUGCUGAUUCUUUCGCAGCACAAGUUUGCUUCAAACGUGGUUGAGAAGUGCGUUACACACGCCACCAGAGCCGAACGGGCACUGCUGAUCGAGGAAGUUUGCUCGUUUAAUGACGCGGGUUUGCACGUGAUGAUGAAGGACCAGUACGCUAACUACGUCGUGCAGAAGAUGAUUGACGUAUCGGAACCUACGCAGCGAAAGGUUUUGCUGCAUAAAAUUCGUCCGCACAUGAAUUCGCUGAAGAAGUAUACUUAUGGUAAGCACAUCAUUGCCAAGCUAGAUAAAUUCACGCUCAAAACACCCAACACGAUCGGCACUGGAAACGCCGGGGGCGUUGGAAGUACGGGAGUGGCCGGAGCGACGGUAGUUAAUGCGAGUCAAAACAGUGGAAAUGUUUCGGAUGGCAAUAGUGCCAUUGGAGCGAAUGGAAACGUUUCUGGCGGACAACAGGUUGCCACUGCUAACGGUGGAGGUCCAGGUAGCGUAUCUAGUAAUGGAAGUGGAGUUGGUAGCAACAACAGUGGAGGACCUACCACUUUGGGACCCAUUGGGCCACCCCCUACCAAUGGGGUAAUGUAAUAGGAGUGUAGUAGGGGAAACUAAGUUUAACAACCUUCUGAUGGUACCUUCAGAUCCAGGAGGUUGACAGGGUUGGAGAAAAGCUAAAAAACAGCCACUUUUCUGGAAAGAGAAAAACGAAAACUUGCACUGUAAUCUGUCUGCGGAAUGUGUCUUUGAUCAGCGUAGGAAGAUGAACAAAGUAAUCUUUUUGUAAAGAACGAAAACAUAGAGCAUUUGUAAAUAUUUUUUAACUCUACAGAGAUUUUUUUCUCUCGCAAUGCUUUUGUUCUAGAAUAACGAAGGCUUUUUUAGUGACAGGGUCAGAGCCGAAAGACUUUGAAUACUUAGGGAACAAACUAAUUCGUUAUUAUCGAACGAGAUGUACACAUAUUAUUGUUUCCCAGAUCAGCUGUUAAGGCAUUCUUUAGACAGGCGGAUCUCAAUCCUAAUAUAUACUAACAUAUAUUAGCAAAGAAACCGUGAUCGGUUUUCGGAACGAAGAGUUUUUCGCAUUGGCCGUGUGUGAUUUUAGCGGUAAACAUACUAUAUUUUUUAGAAUGUUAUAUAUAUUCUACGCGAUGAAAGCACAUUCCGUAGGAGAUUACCAGCAUGAUAUGGAUUAUCAAUCUAAUUUUUUUUUUCUGCUUGCAAAACCGCCAUAGAAGACAGAAUAUAACCCAUUUAGUUGAAACAGGAUACCGAACAAGAAACAAUUUCGAAACCAUGGAUUAAAUUAUGAUGAUAGUGAAGCAGAAGCUUGUACACUUUGGAUUUAUGAAAACUAACGCACUUGAAAUAGUUGAUUAUUAGUAGAACCCGAUCUGGAAAGCACGCGAUCGAACCACUCGAAGCGUUUUCGUGUGCACGCAGAGUUAGUAUUGUAGACUAAGUAUAAAAUGAAAUUCUGUAUAAUUUGUAUCAUUUGAUUGUUGAGUUGCAUUAAAAGUUAAAGGUAUGGUAAAAAUGUCAUAAUUUGGUGUUGACAGUGCUUACUACACGCUCAAUUGAGUGGAGAAAUUUCCAACACUGCGAAACGUUGGACUAGCUUCAGGCAAUAUUUAUAAUUAUUAUAAUCUCAUCCAUACACGUGCGAUUGUUUCUUGUGUCUAGAAAAAACGCGCCAACGACAACGAUGACGACUAAGAAAGGAUAAAAACGAUUUAAAUCAUCCACCUUUCGCUAUUACGAGCUUAUCGAAUAGGCUCAAUGCGAGCGGAAAAUGCUAAUUUAUGUGUUUGCCAGCAUGUGUAAUUUGCCUCAUUCAAUAGACGUGUAGAAACAUUGCUUCGCGGCCGAGGAGAUUACAAUGCAGACGUAAAACAUACCACGAGUUUACUGAGUCGAACCUUCAAAGCAGCACAACAGGAGAGAUUUAUUUAUUCACUAGAGAUCGAACCCGCUUAUCCGGUUUAUUCACCCGAGUACGACCAAUAAGUAGUAAAAUGCAGAAAGCAAUGUGAACUGAUCUCUUUUGAAAAUGUGCGUUUCACCUGUCAGCCGGAAAACAAUCUUUCUUCGCUUGUUUCAUGCAAAAAAAAGUUCACAUUGCGAAGAAAGCUAGCUUUCCACCUUGUUGAAGGGCGUUAUCGAUUUAAGUUCAUAGACGCCAGUGAUUAAGCACGUAUUUUAAAUGACAUUGAAAAUUUUUUGUGAAUUAGACUUUGUUUUUAGAAAGAAUCAACUCAAAAGCAAAAGUAACCAAACGAGUUUUUCAACUUUGUCUACCCAGAAAAGGAAUAAAAGGUGUUAAAAUGCAUUACAUAGGAAGCAACAAAGUAUUGAUUAGUUAUUUUAUUGAUAAAAAAGCUGGCAUAGGGAUCAUUUUUUCGGAGAAUAUAAAAAGAAUUUUGAAUAAGAGUAAUGCCACUGUGCUCCAUAUCGACGCAUACACGCAAGCACAGGCGUUGCAAACGGUGGGUUGAACCACACUUUACACAAAAGAAUAAUCGCUAACAUAAUUUUUCAAAAUAUGUGCAUUGUGCUAAACGUACUUUAUCUGAGCAUAAGCCUGAACAAUCAAGAAAAAAACGAAAGUCUCCUGUUAAUGCUCUCUAUCGAUUUCGCUUUACGUCUUUCGGAUGUUUCAGGUACCCCACUCUUGUUCAUUUCGUUAAAAUUUGCAAUAACUACUCUUAUUCUAGCUAAUAAAAACAAUCAUCCAAAUGUUCAAACGAACAAACUUGAAAACAGGAAAAACCAUCGUCGAACAAGGACUGCUUUGAAUAGAACACACUUUCAUGACCCGCAUUUGUGAAAUGUUAGCCAAUAGUAAACUAAUGAAUUUGGAAACAGUACCCACUGGCCAAACUCUCUAAAAAUCUUAGGAAAAGUGUGCAGCGACACCUUGUCUUUAACGAAGAUGUUUGAUUAUUUCGUUUACUUUUUCAAAACACAAUACUAAAAAACGAAAAUGUAAGCAUAUAAAAGAAUAAAUAAAAUGAAACAUGAUAGCAUUUAUUACGAAACACGUAAAGUUGCAGAUAACGAACCUUUUCCUCUCCAAUAUUUGAAGGUAGUGUUCAAUGCAGGAUUAAAGUAAGCAAAAGGGAAAAAAUAAAAAUACUAAAAAUUAAUCCUAAUAAAUACAUAAACAGUAACAGCUAUCUGUAAGUCAAUCCUUAGUAAUGUAUAACAGCGAAGCAAAUCUCCUGAUUUUUGCAAGCAUUCAUUUCCUGUCAAUUUUCCAUGUAAUUGUGAAAUGUUAAUAUCGUAAGCCAGUGUUUCAACCGCAGGGAGUUUCGCACGUAUAGACAGAAUACACACACGAAUGUGAACGAAAACUAAAGCACAGUGUGUGUGUGUGCAUGUGAAACUGUUAUUGCAGUGAUAGUGGCGGUAGUAAUAGUAGGUAGUAGCCGUAGUUCUAGAAGUAGUAGCAGUUGAGUGUACUCAAUGUGUAUUCAUUUGGUCUCCGCAAGUAGCUAGCGAGCGAGCAAAAAAAAAUCCUCUCCGUCUUACUUGUUGUUCCGGAUGGAAGUUGCGAUUCGCAGCUAAGCUGACUGUAACUGUAGGUUACUGUACGUACGAAUAAAUUAAGAGUUAUCGAAAUAAGAAAAUGUCUGGAUUCUGAAACAGAAAACGGCAUCUAUUUUAAAACCACAAAAUUUGCAGAUAAGUGGGUGGAUGUCCUUAUUAUAAAACAGAAUAGGUUGCUUCUAACGUCACUGUUGAUUGAGCUCUGAGGUUUUACCUUUUUUUUGAUGGAAAAUUUCCCAAAAAAUAGCCGAAAUUUUAUUUGUUAACAGAAACUCAAUAUCAGAUUUUCAAUAAGCGUAUAAAACUAACAGUAUCAAAAUUCAUUCAUGCAAAACAAAUGUUUUUUUUUCGAAUAACAACCUCGACAAAGUCAACAGUGACAGCAGAGAAAACAUAGGCCACUCCUCACUAAAUCAUUAUCGAAACAACAUCUUCUCUCAGCUAAUUCAAACCCCAGAGCGGUAUUUUUAGGUCGAAUAUCGGCUAUUCUCACUAAUAGUAAUAGCUAGUAAGUAUAUCGUAUAGAAAUAAUAUAAUUUUUUCUGUUUUUUUCCUCUGAUAAAUAACUGUCUUAGUUUUAGCAUUGUAAAAUGCACAUGAAACAAUUACGGACAGUGCACGGAACAUCUGAUAAGAAUAAGUGCGCGCACGCACACACACACACAAACACACACACACAUACAUACACAUGCGAACUGAGUGUCCUUACGACUCAUCUUUUUUACUCGAAUCUCUGGCCUCGGUAGACUGCUGCUGUAAGAGCCGGUCACUUAUCAGCUGUUUAGUGCACUGAAUACGCAACUUGUCACUUAUUGGAGAGAUUAUUUUCACAAUAAUCUGACUUCGGUUUGGACUCUGAAAACUAUUCUAUUUUACUAUUUAAGAUGGAAAAAAACCUUGAUUAUUGGAAUAGUAGUUUUUUUUGUAGACAAAAACUCUAGAAUAAAAUUUUCUAUUAAACUAAAACAAUUGCAUCCGGCACUUAAUUAGUGGAUUUAGCAAAAAAAAAAGGAAAUAAUUCAAAACACACACAUAUGUGAACGAAGGUAAUGUUGUAUAUCGCUGUACAAAAUUUAUAUAGUUAUUUUAUACUGAACAAAGGUAAAACGAAAAAUCUUUUAGCAAACAAACAAUACGAAAGAACAAAAUUGAAGGUAAACCUACUUGUACGAUAGAACUCUUGUAGAAUUUAAAAAAAUUGGAUAUAACAUCGCCUCCUCCACCGUUUGUACUUGAAGUGAAAAUUAACAGUUACUGAAAUUUGAAGAAUUGAUACAACUUUCAUGUGAAAGAGCAUCCAUAACGUUUUCGUGUAUUGAAAUCACAAAAACAAUUGAGAAAUACUACCGAUGGUAGUAUGUAUCUGUUUAAUUCCGUUGCUCCCGUCAUUACGCAAUCCCAUCUGUAGUAGAUGUAAACUUCUAGUGUAGUCUUAGAUAUUGACCUGGCUAGCAAUGUCGAACAUAUUUCCAGCAAUAUUAGAUACCUUGAUUUGAUUUGUUUUGCGGCCUAAAAUUGCGGCCAAUGAUGAAUUUUCGCUAAUGAAAUCUUAAAAACUAGAAGUAUUUGUGGUACUCAUUAUUAUAAAGGAUUCAUUUAAAGUCCGGCAUAGAACGUGCGAAAGCUUUAUUUCGUCAAGCAAAUUAUUUCUUCACAAUAUCGUCCAUGUACAAAAUUCAAAAAAAUGUAAGCGAAAAGUUUUCUUUCAUUUCGAUUUUGAAAAAAGUAUAUAACUCAAAUUUAAAAAGCAAACGAGAACAAUAAAAGCGUAGUGCGUUUCUCAGUCUUUGAAUCGAGGGAGGAAGUAAUGAUAGCGCUUCUUUUAGUGCUCGAUUGAGCGUAUCUUAUCAGUGUGGAUGUAAUUCUAGGACUCGGCGGUCCAACUUUGUGUAGGUAACUGAAGAACACGCAAUUUGUUAUUUGUUUUAAUCCAUAGGGGGAAUCUAUUGUUGUACACGCACCGGGGUGAAACCCAAAUUGAAAUGAAAAACAAAGAUAAAAUAUUGUCAUUGAAGAUAAUCCGCAUUUAAAGCAAUCGGGAGCGCACUCUAUUACCAAGUAUCAACCCGACAGUUCGUUGAAACAGCCUGUGAGAAAAUAAAUGUAUAAAAAUGUAAUGAAAUAAUUGUAAUAUGUUUGUAAAUCGGACUUUUCUAUAGAUAUAUUUUUAACAAAGCAAAACCACGCGAAUCUGUAAAGACAAGUCAUCAAAACUAAAAGAAACAGUAAUCAUCCAGUGUUAAGGCAAAAAAACGUGAUAUGUACAGAGAAUGCUUUUUUUACUAACCCCGGAAAACCACAGAAGAAAACAUUAUCAUCAACCAAUUCACAAUCUGGAUUGCAAGAGGACGGCUCAUAGCAAAAAAAAAAUAAAUCAAUUCAACACCCGCGUGAAAGACACCCAUACGCAUACGAUCCCGUCACUAAGGUAUAACGUGGAAUUUCGUUGAUAUUUUCGAUACAAAAAAAGGAAAAAACGAUCUGUGAUUAACUUCUUCUUUUUCAAUUACGUCCUUUGUUUGUCUGUUUUUAGUAUUUUGUUCAUAGAAAAAGAAGAAACCAACCAACGUUGAACAUAGUGCGACCCAAUGGGUUCGCUGUAAAAUGUGUACAAUUUUAUAAAUAGGCUAUUUUUAAAAUUGACCGAAAAGAAUAAUUGAACGUUUUUUUCCGCGCCUUCAAGUAUCCAUAGGACGACAUAAAAGAGAGUGACAAACAGGUGAAACAAGUGAUUUUUUAUCCCAUAUACCCAUGUGUCGUGUUGGCUAAAUUUGAAGCAUAGAUCAUUCUAGUGAAUGCGUUUCCAGAAUAUGAAAAUAUUUUUGUAUAGAAAAGAAAAACGGUAAAUUUUAUACACAAAACACACGGUUCGGACUGGAGAAUUAUGCUUUGUAACAUAAACGUGUAAAUUUGUUUUACAAUCUCACUGAUUUGUAAUUAUAGCAAAAUCAAAAAGGCGAACUGAACAGAUAGAGCCCCAAAGCAGCGCAAGAGAAAGGACAAAAACUGUACAUUUUCGUGAAAAUAUCAUCUGUAUAAAUGAAAAAAAAAACAUACACACAAACUAGCGGAUAACGGACCCGCUUGGGAAAGGUUACAACAUUUCCGAAGCGAAUAAACGACGUAUAAACACUAACACAAACGAUCAACCAAGAAGUCAAUGACAAUAUUUUUUGAUUUUCAUUCCGCUUUACGCAAUUUUUUGCGUUAUUGAACCUUUUUUCUGAUAAGGACAUGCUUGCAAGCUUGCGAGAUAAAAUGUACAAUUUUGUGAAUUUUACUUUUUAGGCAUACAAAAAUAAAGAUACUAAACAGCGAUGUACAUAAUAGUGACAGUGGGAACCUAUUCCCGUUGAUUUAUAACAACAGUGAAAAACAGAAAAACAAAACAGAAAUUUUUAGACAAGAAAUAGGUCACGUUUUAAGCCACAACUGCCACCACUUGCAAGGAUAAUUGUAAACAGAGCGAAACGUUACAGAACUACAACAAUACAUAUUAGCCAAUGUAGCAGCAGCAAUAUGCCUUGUUUCUGAUUUUAUCUGAUUUAACCCAAUUUUAUGGAUUGAACUUCCGCAUUGAUUUGACAUCGGGGUAGGUUUAAGUGCAGAAGCCCAAACUACUUAUAGACGAAACCAAAUAACGAAACGAGUGCGGAUAUUUUUAGUUCAUUUUUCAAACGGAUGGUCAUCUGCUGACAGUAGCUGAUAGUGAGGCGAUGAUAAGGAUUUUAUUUAGCAUAAAAAGAAACUAGAUGAACGAAGAAACACGAUUCCCAGUUGAUUCAGCAGAAGAAACAGAUAAACAUUGAGAUUUUCCAAUUUAACUUUAGUUCACAAUAGAGAUUUGUCGGUAAACGCAUUUUUGCAAUCGAAGCUGCUCCAAUACUUUAUGAGAGAAUGCAUGGAGACCUCUUUCCUUCAAAUACACAACUUGUAAACAAUGUAGGUAUUUCACUGAACCCAUAGAAUUAGGGAAAACUAUUAUAGUUUAUAGCAGUUAAUCAAACAGAGUAUAGACUUGCGCAUCAUUUUUUCUGCUCAUUUGCCUCAUUUGUAUGUUUCUAUGAUCAUCAUUACAACAAGCGUGUAAAAACGCUACUCUCCUCUAUUAUCGCUAGUUAUUCGAUCAUUUAUCGUCAUAAUAAAUAUUACAUAACUUUUUUUUAGUGAUAUAACUGAGAACAGCUUAAUUUAUUUCAUGAUUUCCCGUUUUCAUAUUGGAACGCUAUCAAUGUUCGUUGGCAAAAAUUAGACGGAAUCAGUGGAGCAGUAGGGGAAAUAAAGUAAUGAAAAAUGCUAUAUGUAUAAUUUUUGGAAAAAUUCUUUGGAAUAAAGCCCUAUAAAUAAUGCAUUAUAUAUGAAUACUAAAAAUAAUAAUGAU